AAGCAGCAAAGUUAAGAAGAACUUUGAGGGCUUUCCUGCUUCAUUACAACGUGUUUAUCACAUUUAAUAGUGGAGCAGCUGCAGGCAUGUGGAUGGACACCAAAACAGAGGUGGAGGAGGCCAGCAGGAGGCGAGCCAGCCUCCGUCAGCGCGUGUUGAACGGUCUGCUGCUGCUCACUGGAGACAUGGAGCACCUGGAUAAGUACAUGCAGGACAGGGUGUUUGUGCUGCAUCUGGCGGUGUGGGUCCUCAGAGGGGUGACCAGAGUGAUCCUAGCCAACAACCCACUGAGCGGUGCUCUAAUCCUGGCUGCCUUGUUCUGGGCUUCCCCCUGGCAGGGGCUUCUGGGAACUGUGGGCGCACUGGCCUCGACACUGACGGCUAUUAUCGUAGGACAAGACAGUGCUGAGGUGACAGGAGGUCUCCACGGUUUUAAUGGCAUGUUGGUGUCUCUGCUGAUGGGCGUCUUUAGCUCAGCUGGAGACUGGUACUGGUGGCUGCUGCUGCCCGUCUGCCUCGGGUCAGCGACAUGUGUCUUUCUGUUCAGUGGCCUCUCCUCGUUGCUGGACCGCUGGGAUUUGCCGGUCGCCGUGUUUCCCUUCAACACCGUCAUCGUCCUCUACCUCCUCUGCACCGGCCCAGGGAACCCCUAUUUUCCACAUCACCCGGCUACACCACCGGGGGCGCUGGAGCCCAACAGCACAGAGCUCAUUGCGAUAGAGGUGAUACGUGGCAUCCCUCUUGGCGUGGGUCAGAUCUUCGCCUGUGGAGCCCUGGGGCCCUCCCUGCUCAUCCUGGGAGCCGUUCUGCUCUACUCCCCCCUGCUGGCUGUCCACGCUGUGCUGGGCUCAGCCAUAGGAACGUUGGCUGGUCUUUCCAUGGCGGUGCGUCAUGACUCGCUGUACUCGGGCCUCUCCGGGUUCAACGGCGCUCUGGGCUGCAUGGCUGUUGGAGGACUCUUCUUCACCUUCAGCUGGAGGACGUUCCUCUUUGCCAUCGCCAGCGCCUUUCUCUCUGCAUAUGCUGACAUCGCUCUGAGCAACAUGAUGGGAACUAUUGGUCUCCCAGCAUGCAGUUGGGCCGCUACUCUUGUGGCCACGCUGAUGUUGCUGCUGAACGGCCGUCUGGCGCCGUACCGCAUCCCCAUCGCUCAAGUCAUGGCCCCUGAACGCAACCUGCGGUCCCGCGGCCAGUGGGAGGCAGGCAACACCUCAGAAAGGGACAGCACGGACGUGUAGCGUUGGGAUAAUGGUUUAAUAUUCUCAGGGCAGCUCCACUGUGAAGAACCUUCACCUGCUUAAAAAAACAAAUCCUCCCUGUGUAAAUACCACGUUACAAGUCCUAACCUGAAAAAUGUUGCCUGACAAGAGUUUUUUUUCUUCUAUUUUUAAAUCACGUUUGUUUUUUUGUUUUUUUAAAGUAAUGCUUCUGCUGCUGUUGCGUUGUAGUGUCACACAGCGUCAGUGUGACUCGUCCGGAAACACUGUUCGGACUGAAAACACACACGUGCAGUUACGACUCCUCGCCACAGAGUUCACCUGAGGGAACAAAACCGAGCUCCUUCAGUCACGUCGCAUCAAAAAAGGUUAACUAUGUUUUUAAAGUUACAUCCGUACGCCUGUACGUACUGUGCCUGUGUAGUUUUCCUGCUGUGCUCUGAGCCGCUGGCACUGAAACGUGAUUCUGAUGGAAACAUGAAUUCUAAAAAGGCAUCAGUGGACGUGGCUCCAGCUCACGUGGCAGAAGAAGACACGGCUUCUUUUCCACGUUAUCACACACUGACGGUCGAUAAUUUAUUUAUUAUUUUGAUGGCACAUCCCGUCCUGUAAGUUGAAGGGUCACAAAGCUGUUCCAGUUUUCCUUAACAAAAAAAAAGUGACGCAAUUUAAAGGGAAAAGAAAAACCUCUUUUAAUAAGCAUGAAAAUCGACAAGUCAGUUUAAUAAAAAAAAGUUUAAACGAUGAUACAAUGACAGUUUUAUUUUCAAUAAAAACAGACACUGAAUUCAGCUUUUUAUCUUUUCUUUUUCUUCUCUUUUUUUUUAAACUCCUUCCUUCCCCUGCAUAGACGUACUAGAUAGAUAUCACUCCACUGGAAGUCGUCAUAAACACAGACUGUACGUGUAGCUCAGUGCAGGCAGACUAUGAGACAGACGUGUGAUGUGUUCGUGAGCUGGAAGUGAUCAGCUGCUUCUGCGUUUAAAGGCAACUGUCAUAAUCAUUUUUAUUAUUAUUAUCAUCAUUUCUUUUUUCACAGUGCUCCAUGUCGCCUGUGUACAGUUUUUAUGUACAUCCCCCGUCACCACCUUUUUUUUUUUUUUUUUUUAAAUUACGCCGUCGUGGUGUCAAAAACACAAACAAAUAAAUAAAUAUAACGUUUCCCUCACGAGUGACGACUCUGCGACGAGCGUUUACGUCUUUUCAUCAUGCGUCUCUACUGUGAUGCUCUAUUAUUGUCUGCACACUUCUUCUUUUAUUUUUAUUUUCUCCAAACCUAAUAAUCUAAAUUACUUUUUGUUCCCACAAAGUCACAUCAAAGACGAUGGUGAUGAGUUUGCUGACGAGAUACAAAAGUGCCUUUCAGUCUGUGAUUGAUUGAGCUUGAUAGUAAAAAAACGACGACGACGACAACAAAAAAAAAAACUAAAUAAAAAGUAGAAAUAUAAAUACCUGCACAAACUGUUGUUCUUGUUUUCUUAGGUUACAAAAAAUUAACAUUCAUGGUUCUACAUACUUCCUGUUUAUUUGAUUGUGAGUGCUGUUGUGCUUUUCUUUUUUUUGUGUGUGUGUUUCAGCAUCAUCGUGUGAGAGUGUGUAUCUGUGGGCGGCGAGUGGCUUUGUGUGUGUUUGUGUUUUAUUGAGUAAAGGCAGAAUGACACAGCUUAGUCUUUAUAUUCGACACACACACACACACAUCAGCCGCUCACCAGCGCAUCUCACUACAUCUGACUGUGAUGUUGAACGAGGCCGAGGUAUCUGUAAAGUCCAACUGAAUGAAGUGUAAACUUCAGAUAAAUGUGUGUGUGUUUUAUUUCUCAUGAACUUCAUAGCAUGCAUCUGGAUUCUAUUUGUUAUGUUCCUAAGUGGUUACAGCUUGAAGAAUGGCUGAGAAAAGCCCCGAUAAAAGAAAUCCUGACUUGCGUUGCCGUGUUAGAGCAUGCUCCUAAAAUGAUGUCUUUUGUCUGUGUCCGUGUCGCUACACGUGUGAACCUACUCCGUGGACGGCGCGUUCUCCGUGCAUGUAAACAUUCAUCUAAAAUAAGCGAGUGUAAACAGAGAUGCCGCCGGGGUCUUGUCCGUUUAGUAGCUAGAAAACAAUAAAA